UCUCUCGCACGGCUGAACUAAUAGUAUAUACUAUACAGUAUGUUAGUAUGGGUAUUCGAACACAGCUCUAGUUUGUGUAGAUGUUUUUCUUAAAAUGUCAUGAAAAAAUGUGGGUGGGAUCAGAAAACCAAAACAACAUUGCUUUUCGUUUGCUCUGGUUCAUCACAUGACAUCAGUGAUUAUACUCCACGCAUUUAUAUUGGACAACGGCUCUGUCCAUCAAAUACGAUAUGAGUGUUUUUCAGUAUGAACUAAAAAAAUAGGUUCUGGAAAAAUGUCUACAGUGCCUGAUGGCAAGAAAUUGGUCCGAAGCCCAAGUGGACUUCGAAUGGUCCCGGAGAAUGGAGCGUUUAACAGCCCUUUUUCGUUAAAUGAACCCCAGUGGGUCCCGGACAAAGAGUGCCCAAGCUGUAUGCAGUGUGACAAAAAAUAUGACUUCCUUACAAGAAAGCACCACUGUCGGCGGUGUGGCCGGUGUUUCUGUGAUAAGUGCUGCAGUAAGAAGGUGGCUCUGCCCAGGAUGUGCUUCGUCGACCCAGUCCGGCAGUGUGGCGAGUGCAGCCUGGUCUCCCAGAAGGAAAUGGACUUCUAUGACAAACAGCUCAAAGUGCUUAUGGGAGGUGGUUCUUUUAUUGUCACUUUGGGCACCUCAAAGACGUCUGAGACCAUGAUGUGUCGUCUCUCCAACAACCACAGGUAUCUUUUCUUUGAUGGGGAGAGCCAUUUUGAGGUGGAACUGUCUCGGAUCUCCAGUAUGCAGGUGUUGACGGAGGAGUCCACUCCUGAAGAGAAUGACAUUCACACUUACACAAGUCUGCGGGACAGUCAGUAUAUCUCUGAAGGGGGAAACUCCAGGGCCAGUGGCAUGUUGCUCCAUUACAAACCCACUGGCUCUCAGGACCCCCAGCAGUUACGCAUGGAGGCAGCAGACGACAAGAAGACUGCCUCCUCAUGGCUGGCUGCUAUGCACAAGGCUGCCAAACUGCUGUAUGAAGCUCGGGACCAGUGACUCAUUGCUAAGAUGCCCAGAGCCUGAGAGUGAUGGCACAGACCAAGUGUUUUCUUUCCUACCCUUCCGUCUCACAUUCUCUAAAUGCUGACAGUUCAAUGGAUUGUGACUGAGAUGCACUAUUUGGCCAACCACCCAUCUAAUGCUGCUAUUCUUAAUUCUAUAAAAUACAUAAGCCAUUUGGCAUAACCAUUUCCCUUCA